CGGAAACUGUUUUAACCGGAAGUAGAUUUGGAGGUUCUGACAUUGAACGUUUUACAAGGAUUUUUCGUUUUUGUUGGGCCUCACACAACUCUAAAACAUGGGUAACAUGGUAUAUGCGUACAUUACGAACCCUGACACGGCACCAGAUAUUAAAGAACCGCCAACUUUUGAUCCUUUCUUGGGUUUUCCUUGCGGUCGGAAAGAAAGAAGUGUGCAGGCUACCAGAAAACAGGUGGAACAGUUCGGGAUUCCGUUAGAAAGACGAGACUAUUGUGUCGACUACUAUAUCAGUUUCCUCAAAUGUCGACAGAAAAACCUCUUGCAUAUGAAAAACUGUGCGCAUGAAAUGCACGAAUACGAUGUCUGUGAAUACGAAGAUUAUGUUUUGCGCAUGAAGGAGUACGAGAGAGAAAAACGACUGAAGGAGAGGGCAAAAAAACUCGAUGCAGUUGGAAUGCAGGAGGAGCUUGUAGGAUAAACAGUUUUACAGAACGUAUUCCCAGUUUUAGGUGUAACAAACAUUUGACAUGUUGAAGAAUGUGUGAAUUCAGUUUUAACACUACAAACAUUUGACAUUUCGAAAACUAUGUCCACAACUUCACAAAGAUUAUGCUAUGUACAUCAUGAUCAUGAUUUGUCAACAGGACAAUGCUGUGCAUCAUUGGUUGCUGCCAAUUUUGAUGUGGAAGACUAUUUUAUUGACUGCAUCAACAGUUGAUGACAAUUUAAAUAGUUCUAUUAAGCAUUGUAUUUAUUUGUUAUGAGUGCUAGAAAUAUAUGUAUCGGGGGUUCAAAAGAAUCUGUAAAUUAAAAAAUAUUUUUAAAGCAUUUGGAGAAUUGAUUUAUUGUUUACAUGAAAUAUGGCUAUAAUGGAACAUCUGCCAAAACAAAUCCCUUCACGAUGGGACAAUGGACUAUUGGCUAAAUCAGUGUUGUGUUUUCUUAUAAAUUUAUAAAAAAAAACCCAGUGCAUGUAGGUCCCGUAUAAUGAUUGACAAAUUGUUUACAUUAAACAUGUAAAGGGUACUGAAUAUAGUGUAUAUACUAAUCUAUAUGUGGACUUGCAACUUUACAAGUGUUUGGACAAUGUAAUCCUGUAUGCAAUAAAAUAUAUUAAUUGC